CCUGCGGCAAUGACGAAUGGAAGCCAACUGGAAGUAAGCUCGUUGAAGUACAGUACAUACACUGUCACUUCCAUCAAAAGUCGCACUUACUGUGAACUUGCAGCACAAUUCGCACUAUAGCCCACAACUACGCAAUCUGGUCUAGCCUCGCCUUAGUCAUCAAUCCUCAGCCCAUCCUCUCGCCCAAACAACUCUGCAGUCAUCACCCGAGCCGGAAAAAGCCAGCCCACUACCUCUACCAAUACACGACUUGCCUCCGACAACAGACAUAUCAGUCUCUGACAACAGACGCCUCUCCUCUCCAACAUGUCCGCCUUCAUUCGUGUCGCCCGUAGCGUUCGCGCUGCUCCCAUUCGACCUGCUGUCCAGCCCCUGGUUGCCCGCUCGGCCGUUGCCCACUUCACCACCUCGAUUCCCCGACGAAGCGAGCACGCCGAGGAGACCUUUGAGGAGUUUUCUGCCAGGUUCGAGAAGGAGUUUGAUGGUGUUCAAGACGUUUUCGAGCUUCAGCGCAACCUCAAUAACGCCUUCGCUUACGAUCUCGUCCCUGCCCCCUCGGUGAUCGCUGCCGCCCUCAAAGCCGCCCGAAGGGUUAACGACUUCGGCACUGCCGUCCGCAUCUUCGAAGGUAUCAAGACCAAGGUUGAGAACAAGGGCCAGUACGAGCAGUACCUUGAGGAGCUCAAGCCCCUUCGAGAAGAGCUUGGUGUGUUGCUCAAGGAGGAGCUGUACCCUGAGGAAAAGUAGAUUGUCCCCUGGUCUCAGUGUUCUGAGCCCCGUGUAUACUGGAUGUUGGCCGAAACGGAAGAGAAUUUCAGACCCAAGAGGUAGACGGGGGAGUUUGGUUGUGGCAGCCCCAAAUCGAUUGUGUUAUAGCCUUAAGUGCGACUUGGCGACGCUUGCUCUUUGCUAAUCUCCCUCAAUGUUGAGAGUUUUUUCGUAUAUCUGAAGUUCGUUGUUCAUCCAUUUGAGUGACUUACCUUCCAUCUUCACUGAAGACAUACUACCUGAGGUUUAACGCCAAAGAACGCUUGAUAUACAAAAUCUCUGCUAUAACAAAUUUUUGGCAUGUCAGUACUGUCUUCGACUUUCACGAGAAGCACAGGUCAAAAUUCUACACAUCUCAAAUAGAUGCUCAUUUUAUACUGGGGUGGAGGCUAUGCAUUCCCAAUUGCCAGUCCCAUACGCCAAAUUCCAUGAUAGCCUUCAAACAUGUAAAGGAUUGGUAUCAUCAUACUCUCAUACUUCUGCCUUCUGCCUUCUGUAGCUCUUAUUGCAAGUGAUUCCAUCUUCCAUUUCCUGCCUGUU